AUGGACCGCAGUCUUGACGAGAUCAUUGCUGAGGACACGCGUCCCAAUGCUCGCUCCUCAGGUGGCGGUGGUGGCCGUCGUCGCAACAACCCCGGCCGUCGCACCGAACGCGACGGCGUCAGAAAGCCAUACACUCAAGACCGUGAUCGCGUCGAUUUGAACCUUGACUGGGUUCAUGACAAGUUCGAAGACGACCGUUCCCGCCCAUCCCGUGGAGGUCGCAGAGGCCGUGACGGUCGUGACUCUGAGCGAUCACUUACCAAGGUUCGCGUGGAGAACCUUCACUACGAUAUCACCGAAGCCGACCUCGAUGAUCUCUUCGGCCGCAUCGGACCUGUCUCUGAUCUCACCAUGUCCUACGACCGCUCUGGCCGUUCCGAGGGAGUCGCUUACAUCACAUAUGCCCGUCUCAGGGACGCACACACCUCCGUCCAAGAGUACGAUGGAGCCAACGCCAAGGGCCAGCCCAUCCGCUUGUCUAUCAUCCCCGGCCGCCGCGAGCGCAACCCUCUUGACUCCGCCUCUCACCCCAGAUCCAGCUUGAUGGACCGUAUCGAACGACCCCGUGACGGUCGCAGCCUCAGCCCUCGAUCCGACGAAGACGGUGGUCGCCGUCGCGGUGGCCGUGGCCACCGCAGCGACGUCACUAAGCCCCCUCCCGAUGGAAUUGAUCGCUACGUCCCCGGUCAACGGUCUGGACGCUCCCCUCGCCGCAAUGGAGGACGACGCGGUGGACGUGACCGCGGCCAGCCCGCCGAUGGCUCGAACCGUCGCUCAACUGCCCGCCCACGCAAGACUCAGGAGGAGUUGGACCAGGAAAUGGAAGACUACUGGGGUGGUGCCAACAACGGUGACGAUGCCGCUGCUGCACCAGAUGCCCCUCAGCAGGCUGCGCCGGCCCCCAGCGCACCUGUUGCUGAUGAUGAUGUUGAUAUGAUCGAGUAA